AUGGAGGUGGCCCUGGUAGACUUUCAGAGCCUGGAUUGUCUUGAUGGCAGCUUUGAGGAUGGCACCUAUGCUGAUGAGACCACAGCUCUCACAGUGGACAUGCCCCAAGAGCAGUGCAAUCCAGGAUGCAACUAUCUUAAGCGAUCCUCUAAAGUCUCCGCCACGCCUUUGCCCUCCUACAUUUGGGACUCCCGCUCAUCUACGCCCACUCCACACACACAGAUUCCAGGAGUACCCCAAUCCCCAACCAUGCCAACUCCAAGCAGACAGGGGCGCACAAGCUGCGCCAGCAUGAUCUCCAACUGGAAGUUGCUUCUGAACAGUGAGGGCACUAAGGAGAGCGAGACCAUCUUCAGAAAGCUCGCAAAGGAGUGCUGCGAGGAUCUGUUUGUAGAUAAACGAGGGCUGGAUGAGGGAAAACAGAAAGUCAUCAUCAACAUCGCCGGUCUUCGUUUUGAGACGCAGCUCAAAACUUUGGACCAGUUUCCUGAGACCCUGCUGGGGGAUCCUUUAAAGAGGAUGGACUACUUUGAUCCAAUGAGGAACGAGUACUUCUUUGACCGGAACCGACCUAGCUUUGAUGGCAUUUUGUACUACUACCAGUCAGGGGGUAAGAUCAGACGUCCUGCUAACGUUCCCCUGGAUGUGUUUGCUGAUGAAAUUCUAUUCUAUCAGCUUGGAAGCGAGGCCAUGGAGCAGUUCAGAGAGGAUGAAGGAUUCAUAAAGGAUGUUGACAUCCCUCUACCUGAUAAUGAUCUGUGUAGGCAAUUCUGGCUGCUGUUUGAGUACCCAGAGAGCUCAAACGCAGCUCGAGGUGUAGCACUGGUGUCUGUUUUUGUUAUUGUCAUAUCCAUAAUUAUUUUCUGUAUGGAAACACUGCCAGAAUUCAGAGAUGAAAUCGACCCAAUUGUGCCCACAGCAGUACAGCCUGUGAACAUAUCCACAUUACACAGUUCUGGGGCUCCAUCUGGAAAACCCACAACUUUCUCUGAUCCCUUCUUCUUCAUUGAGACGGCCUGCAUUGCUUGGUUCGCCUUUGAGCUGUGUGUGAGAUUUUUGGUCUGUCCUAGCAAAAGGGAAUUUUUUAACAACCUCAUGAACAUCAUUGACAUUGUAUCCAUCAUCCCUUAUUUUGUUACCCUGGUUUCAGAAUUGAUCACAACGCCACAAGAGAACUCCGGGCAGAACAUGUCUUUGGCUAUUCUGCGUAUCAUCCGUCUAGUCAGGGUGUUUCGUAUCUUUAAACUCUCACGUCACUCCAAGGGGCUGCAGAUCCUGGGACAGACUCUGAAGGCCAGCAUGCGUGAGCUUGGCUUGCUCAUCUUCUUCCUCUUCAUCGGAGUCAUCCUCUUCUCUAGUGCUAUCUACUUUGCUGAGGUAGACGAACCCAACACACAGUUUGUCAGCAUACCUGAGGGCUUCUGGUGGGCUGUGGUUACCAUGACCACUGUAGGCUAUGGGGACAUGUGUCCUAUUACCAUGGGGGGUAAAUUGGUGGGCACCUUGUGUGCCAUCGCAGGUGUGCUGACCAUCGCUCUGCCUGUUCCCGUCAUUGUUUCCAACUUCAAUUACUUCUAUCACAGAGAGACGGAGGCAGAGGACAAGGUGCCCUUGGUAGAAACCGUUGAGCAAGCCAUGAAGAGUGAGUCGGACACCAAAGAGAGCAGCAACAGCUCGAUCAAAAAGGCUAACGGCACCUGGCAGACUGACACAGGGAAACAACCGAAAGAGGACACAAUUUAGGAAGGGAGACUUUGAUACAAAGCAGCAAAGAAAUAUCAAAGAAGAAGAAAAGGAAAUGAACUCAAAAGGAUCAAUGAGAUAUAAUAAUUGUAUGUUGCAAAAAUGUGUUUUAUAAGGAUAAAUGGGAUGUUCUUACCUCUUUUGUCUAAUAUGUACACAAUUACAUGUUUUAAUAUCCGACAAGCUAUGUUCAUGUUCAGGCUACUAUGUAAUCAAAUACCAGUUAUGGACUUUAUCCUUAGUUGCAUAGAA